CCCGCCCCCGGCUCCAUCUUGCGGGCGACCGGGUUGGGCUGUGACGCUGCUGCCGGGGUCAGAAUGUCAUACCCAGGCUAUCCCCCAACAGGCUACCCACCUUUCCCUGGAUAUCCUCCUGCAGGUCAGGAGUCAUCUUUUCCCCCUUCUGGUCAGUAUCCUUAUCCUAGUGGCUUUCCUCCAAUGGGGGGAGGUGCCUACCCACAAGUGCCAAGUAGUGGCUACCCAGGAGCUGGAGGCUACCCUGCGCCUGGAGGUUAUCCAGCCCCUGGAGGCUAUCCUGGUGCCCCACAGCCAGGGGGAGCUCCAUCCUAUCCCGGAGUUCCUCCAGGCCAAGGAUUUGGAGUCCCACCAGGUGGAGCAGGCUUUUCUGGCUACCCACAGCCACCUUCACAAUCUUACGGAGGUGGUCCAGCACAGGUCCCACUACCUGGUGGCUUUCCUGGAGGACAGAUGCCUUCUCAGUAUCCUGGAGGACAACCUACUUACCCUAGUCAGAUUAAUACAGAAUCUUUUCCUUCCUAUCCUGUUUUCUCUCCUGUUUCUUUGGAUUAUAGCAGUGAACCUGCUGCAAUGACUGAGGGCACUCAAGGAACUAUCCGACCAGCUGCCAACUUUGAUGCUAUGAGAGAUGCAGAAAUUCUUCGUAAGGCAAUGAAGGGUUUUGGGACAGACGAGCAGGCAAUUGUGGAUGUGGUGGCCAACCGUUCCAAUGAUCAGAGGCAAAAAAUUAAAGCAGCAUUUAAGACCUCUUAUGGCAAGGAUUUAAUCAAAGAUCUCAAAUCAGAGUUAAGUGGAAAUAUGGAAGAACUGAUUCUGGCCCUCUUCAUGCCUCCUACGUAUUACGAUGCCUGGAGCUUACGAAAAGCAAUGCAGGGAGCAGGAACUCAGGAACGUGUAUUGAUUGAGAUUUUGUGCACAAGAACAAAUCAGGAAAUCCGAGAAAUUGUCAGAUGUUAUCAGUCAGAAUUUGGACGAGACCUUGAAAAGGACAUUAGGUCAGAUACAUCAGGACAUUUUGAGCGUUUACUUGUGUCCAUGUGCCAGGGAAAUCGUGAUGAGAACCAGAGUGUAAACCACCAAAUGGCUCAGGAAGAUGCUCAGCGUCUCUAUCAAGCUGGUGAGGGGAGACUAGGGACCGAUGAAUCUUGCUUUAACAUGAUCCUUGCCACAAGAAGCUUUCCUCAGCUGAGAGCUACCAUGGAGGCUUAUUCCAGAAUGGCUAAUCGAGAUUUAUUAAGCAGUGUGAGCCGUGAGUUUUCCGGAUACGUGGAAAGUGGUUUGAAGACCAUCUUGCAGUGUGCCCUGAACCGCCCUGCCUUCUUUGCUGAGAGGCUCUACUAUGCUAUGAAAGGUGCUGGCACAGAUGACUCCACCCUGGUCAGGAUUGUGGUCACUCGAAGUGAGAUUGACCUUGUACAAAUAAAACAGAUGUUUGCUCAGAUGUAUCAGAAGACUCUGGGCACAAUGAUUGCAGGUGACACGAGUGGAGAUUACCGAAGACUUCUUCUGGCUAUUGUGGGCCAGUAGGAGGGAUUUUUUUUUUUAAUGAAAAAAAAUUCUAUUCAUAGCUUAUCCUUCAGAGCAAUGACCUGCAUGCAGCAAUAUCAAACAUCAGCUAACCAAAAGAGCUUUCUAUCAAGGACCGUAUCAGGGUAAUGUGCUUGGUUUGCACAUGUUGUUAUUGCCUUAAUUCUAAUGUUACUUUGUUCUCUACAUAUAAUCAAUGUAAAGCCAUAUCACAAUGAUACAGUAAUAUUGCAAUGUUUGUAAACCUUCAUUCUUACUACUUUCAUUCUCAUCAAGAUGUCAAAUUGAAUAAAAAUCACAGCAAUCUCUGAUUCCGUGUAAUAACAUUGCAUAAUUUUUUAGAAGGUUGCUGAAAGCUCUGCCUUCCAGAAUCCCUCUAGGUCUGCUUGAUAGAGUGGAUAGUAUGUCAAAACUGUGUACUUUAAAAAAAAUUUCAUCUCUUUACAUCUAGAAUAAUUUGCAUCUUAUUUUGCAUAAAUUGGUUCAGUAUUCAUAAACACUUUCCACAUAGAAAAUAGAUGAGUAUUACCUGUAGCACCUUUUAAGAAAGGGUCAAAUGUUUAUGUGCUUAAGAUACAUAGCCUACUUUUUUUCCAGUUGUUUUCUUUUUUAAAUUGAGUUAUUACAAAUAAAAAAUUGCAUAUAUUUAAGGUGUA